GCUUAGAACAUAUAUGCAUGUGAAUUAAUCACAGGUUAACUUGUAUUAUAAAGCAAUGCAUGUGUACACAGCGAUUGUAUUUCAAUGUAUUCUAAUAUGGAGCUUGUCAAGAGGGACAUAUGUGUUCAUUUCUUCAGAAACAUGUGGCUCUUCAUUUUACAUUGACCCGGACGAGUCAUUAGAUGUAGUCUAUGAAGGAGGAUCCGUGUCCACGGAUGACGAGGAUGGCUGCUAUGUUCAACUUAACAACAAACACUCACCCCAGAAGACAAUAUGCUUCGAUGAAGUGUCAAUGGAUAUCGACAGUUGUCUGACUACCGUUCUUGUCAUUCCUUCACCUGUAUCCACGGACCCUGUAAAGUCCUGGAGUUGCUUAGAUAUGGCUGGCUCGGGCUGGUGCGGAGAGAGAGGGACAGCCGAUUUAUUUGUGAAAGUUACCACAACCCAGACUUACCCGAGAGCAUAUGUGGAUUUGCGUGUCUACUUACGUACAUCGCCUAACGAUACGAGCGAUACGUUGACGCCAGAUAAAAGUGAAUCCGGCUCUAACCACGCACCUACGAUUUGGAUUGUUGGUGUAAUUGUGGCGUUGAUGUUACUAGUUGUUGGUUGUGGCAUUUUCCAAACGGUUAAACGGAGGCGGGAGCUACCAACACAAGUUACCAUCACAUACCCUUCCCAGUCACAAACCGCAGCCGGUCCGAGAAAUCCACAAUGCGCUCAGCCAUCGGCAGUCCAGUACUCUGGUAACACAAACUACAAUCUCGUUCCCAACGCCUACCCACAGACUGUCCACGUCAAUUCAUAUACUCCGCACAUGCCACCUGGUAUUCCACAUAUGCAGAGCGCUAGUCCACACAUGUCACGUGAUAGCCCACACACUCCACUUGUCAGCCCGUCUGCACCACCAAUAGAUCUAUAUGCAAGGACAAUGCAGCCUCAACAUUUUGACGAAUCGGCUCCACCAUCGUACGAACAAUGCAUGAAAAAUGCAAAGAUGUCCUAGAACUAGGUCAGUCUGAUGACCUAGAAUCUCAUUCAUGGAGAGAAAGAUGUACCCUACAUCAGGAAAAAAAAAACAUGGAGAAAAAUAAUUACCCUAGGUCAGCAAGAACCUCAUUACAUAGAGAUAAAGAUUUAGCCUUCCACAGCAAGAACCUCAUACAUGAAGCUAAUGAUUUAACCUACACCGGCAAGAACCUUAUGCAAUGAGCGAAAGAUUUACCCUCCCACAGGAAGAACCUCAAACAAAUUGAUAAAGAUCAACUCUUCACCAGCAAGAAUCUCAUACAAGUAGAGAAAGAUUUACCCUAGCUCGACAAGAAUCUCAAUACAUGGAGAGGGAGAUUUACCCUUCACAAGCAAGAAUCUCAUUACAUGGAGAGAAAGAUUUACCCUUCACAAGCAAGAAUCUCAUUACAUGGAGAGAAAGAUUUACCCUUCACAAGCAAGAAUCUCAUUACAUGGAGAGAAAGAUUUACCCUUCACAAGCAAGAAUCUCAUUACAUGGAGAGAAAGAUUUACCCUUCACAAGCAAGAACCUCAUUACAUGGAGAGAAAGAUUUACCCUUCCCCUGCAAGAAUCUCAUACAAGGAGAGAAAGAUUUACCCUUCCCAUGCAAGAAUCUCAUACAAGGAGAGAAAGAUUUACCCUUCACAAGCAAGAAUCUCAUUACAUGGAGAGAAAGAUUUACCCUUCCCCUGCAAGAAUCUCAUACAAGGAGAGAAAGAUUUAUUUCCCUGCAAGAAUCUCGUACAAGGAGAGAAAGAUUUACCCUUCCCCUGCAAGUACCUCAUACAAGGUGAGAAAGAUUUACCCUUCCCCUGCAAGAAUCUCAUACAAGGAGAGAAAGAUUUACCUUCCCCUGCAAGAAUCUCGUACAAGGAGAGAAAGAUUUACCCUUCCCCUCCAAAAAUCAUACAAGGAGAGAAAGAUUUACCCUUCCCUUGCAAGAAUCUCGUACAAGGUGAGAAAGAUUUACACUUCCCCUGCAAGAAUCUCAUACAAGGAGAAAAGAUUUACCCUUCCCUUGCAAGAAUCUCAUACAAGGAGAAAAAGAUUUACCCUUCCCCUGCAAGAAUCUCAUACAAGGAGAAAAAGAUUUACCCUUCCCCUGCAAGAAUCUCAUACAAGGAGAGAAAGAUUUACCCUUCCCCUGCAAGAAUCUUAUACAAGGAGAGAAAGAUUUACCCUUCCCCUGCAAGAAUCUCAUACAAGGAGAGAAAGAUUUACCCUUCCCCUGCAAGAAUCUCAUACAAGGAGAGAAAGAUUUACCCUUCCCCUGCAAGAAUCUCAUACAAGUAGAUAAAGAUUUACCCUUCCCCUGCAAGAACAUAUUUACAUGGAGAGAAAGAUAUACCCUUUCCUUGCUAUUUACAUGGAGAGAAAGAUUUACCCUCUCCUUGCAAGAACCUAAUUACAUGGAGAGAAAGAUUUACCAUUCACCAGCAAGAACCUAAUUACAUGGAGGGAAAGAUUUACCUUUCACCAGCAAGAAUCUCAUACAAGGAAAGGAAUUUAUUUGUAAUUACUUGUAUUCAGAUUGGUUUAUUAUAUAAGCCGAUGUUAUAGAGUUUAUAUGUGUGGAAUAUCCAACAUAAACGAGUGUACUGCUAGGUGAGAGACCUUUAUAGACAUGUGACAUAAAACACUUAAUCAAUUUUUCUAAUUGGUGAUUCUCAAAAAUCCAAUAUUAAUGAACAUGUAUGUAUGCAGUUUCUUUGGCAAAUCAUGAGUGUUGGCGUUUCAUCAGCUCAUUUUCUAAUUUAUGCCCCAUAGGAUUUUCGUUUAUUUCAUAACCUGAAAUCGACAUAUCUAGAAAUAUCGGUCUAUUUUUUUCAUUUUGCCAAGUCACUGGAGCAGUUUAAACAAAACCGACGUCAAAUAUGUUGAAUUACGUCACUUUCAAUUGAAAACAGAAAAACGAUAAACAGUUAAGAUAAUAUUAUCAGUGAAAUUAAUAUCACUUUAAUGAACCGUUUCACAAAAUAUCAAUAUAUUAUAUUUAUCACCCUUUAUUCGAAAUUUAGAGAAGCAUUUUUUUUAAUUUUAAUUCCUAAUCUUUUUAAAUCUCUUGCUUUCAGUAAGCUAAAGCUUUUACAAUUGUGAACAGUCAGCAGUACAUGAUGAUUAUGUUUGAGACGUGCGGGUGGGGUGUGUAAGCUUAUUUAUACUCGCACUCGGGCCUUGCCCAUUCGGCGAGUGCUCCCUGGUAAGAGCUACAUUGGUUCUUUAACGUGCACCAGUGUAUAGCACUGUCACACGGGACCCCCAUUUAACGUCCCUCCCGGAAGACGAUUGGUUUUUAUUUUAGUGAUGCGACGGGGGGUCGAACCUGCGACCCCUGGAUUGAUAGUCAAGUGUGUGACCACUAGACCACGGAUCCGCCAUAGAAACGUGUGCAAACUCAAUGCUUUGAAUAAGUGUAAAUUUUAUCAUGAUCUUCGCGGUUCUCGAUAAGGAAGGAAGGGGGGUGGGGUACUUUUAACAAUAUCCUCACGAAACGUCAGCAAUAUGUUGCACAGGGAUUUAUAAUACAUAUAGACUUGCUGGAUAACUUGGAUUUAUUUUCGUUCGUUUCAGGAUAAAUGGUAGGUUAUCAAUUAGAAAGGUUGUUCAGUGUAGUAGCUCAUAUUGUACGUUAUUUUUUAAGCAAGCCAGGUUAUAUGUAUCUGUUAAUUGUUAAGGAAUAUGGGUUUUUUAUUGACUGAACGGCUUUGGUCUAUUUAUCCCAAUCGUUUUAUUGAUUUUAGUAUUAUUUUUCACUUCAAUUUUUCUUAUCACAGAAAACAAUAUAUGUUUGGGUUGGUAUUCAAUACUGGUCUUAAUUGGAUCAAAUAACGAUGUAGCUAAUCGGAUUCCUCGAUAUAAAUAACGGGCCCAUACAGUGAAUAGAGUCAAUGAUGUACCAUAGCAUUUAUUUGACUAAGACAUUGUCAGUUCAUCGUUAUAAAAACACAAUUAUAAAUCUGACGUGACAUGUUAUAUGUGUAACAUUAUAAUAGGAAUACAUGUAUAUUACAUGUUCUUAAACUUAAUAGUUGGUGAGAAUGUAUUUAUAUUAAUUUAACAGGGACACGCGUUAAUAUAUAUGUAUAUAUAAAAGAGUACCUAUGGAGUCCCGUUGUGUGUUUAUUAAGGGGACUCGGUCAAGUUUUUGUAAAAUGCACCUUUUUGUUGUUGUUGUUGUUGCUGUUGUUGUUGUUGGGAAUA